AUGACCGAGCUCAAGAUCAUGAAUAUCUCGACCCCCUACCUACUCGGCGCCGUCGCUGUCCUGUUCAUCGGCUACAGAGUCGUACAGAGAUUCUACAUCGAUGCGCGAAUCCGCAAACUCGGCGCUCGAGCGCCAGUCCGAAAGACAUACGUCCCAUACGGCCUUGACAUGGCGUACGAAGUCAUCACAUAUGCUUUGAAGGACAAGUCAUACGAGAUGUGGGUUGGCAUGUUCGAGAAAUGGUGUGGUCCAGGCCAUUACACAAUCGAGGCUGGUGUAGGCGAGCGCGUGCUUUUGACCGCAGAACCCGAGAACAUCAAGGCUAUUCUUGCGACGCAGUUCAAGGACUAUGGCAAGGGAGAGCAGUUUAGGAAGGACUGGCAUACCUUUUUGGGCAACGGUACACUCAAUGGAUGGACGGCUAACAGUUUUCGAACAGGCAUCUUCACCACCGAUGGGCAAUUAUGGCAUAACUCACGUCAGCUCAUCCGACCACAAUUCGUCAAGGAUCGCCUCAGCGAUAUUGACAUCUUCGAACAACAUACCCAAAUUCUUAUUUCCAAGAUCGCCCAAAGUGGUGAGAUCGACACGCUUGAUAUGAUGUUCAGGUACACUUUGGAUGCAGCUACACAUUUCCUACUUGGCCAGAGUGUAGGCAGUUUGGAUGAACCAAAAACAGUCUUCGCAGAUGCAUUCUACAACGCUCAGCGUGUACAGAGCUUCGUAGCUAGAGUCGGACCUCUAAACUGGCUUAUCCCUCGAAAGCGGAUGGGCUUCUACGACUCUAUCAACAUCAUCAACGACUUCGUCUCCAGUUUCAUCGACAAAGCCCUCGCACUCUCCCCGGAAGAGCUCGAAAAGAAGACAAACCACGACGAAGGUUACACGUUCCUCCACGCCAUCGCAGGCUACACACGCGACCGAGCCAUGCUACGCGACCAACUCGUUUCCGUGCUCCUAGCAGGCCGCGACACAACAGCCUGCACCCUAACAUGGGUAAUUUACCACUUAUCCAUAGACCCGACCAUAACCGCCAAACUGCGUCAAGAAAUCCUCCAAACAGUUGGUCCAGACCGCCAGCCAACCUACGAGGACCUCAAAAACAUGAAGUAUCUCCAACACAUCCUAAACGAAACCCUCCGUCUCUACCCCGUCGUCCCAUACAACGUGCGCAUGUCCCUCAAAGACACUACGCUCCCCACCGGCGGUGGUCCAGACGGCACACAACCUAUCGGUGUCCUCGCGGGCACACCAAUCGGCUACUCAACCCUCGUCAUGCAGCGCCGCGCAGACUUGUACCCGCCCACUUCUGUUUCUUUCCCUCCUCCCUCGGCUUUCGCACCCGAUCGGUGGAAUUCUUGGACCCCGAAGAGCUGGACCUAUGUCCCGUUCAACGGGGGGCCUAGGAUCUGUAUUGGUCAGCAGUUUGCGCUUACUGAGAUGGGGUAUACGCUUGUGAGACUGUUUCAGCGGUUUGAGACGGUGGAGAAUAGGAUGGGGGGUGUGGAGCCGGGAAUGCAUGCUGAUAUUGUGCUGCAGCCUGCUAAGGAAGUUAGGGUUGCUUUUCGGUAG